AAAGUUGUCCAUGUGCUGUUCCCAUAUUUUUUUAAAUACAUCAAUAUAAUAGCUCAUUUGUUUCUGCUUCACCAGACCACUCAGUUUAAAUAUUCUCACCGUCCAAAUAUUUACUACUACUACUCCUCCUACAUAUACCAAAGAGAUUCCUUAAAAAGAGUUCAAUAGUUCAACAACAACACAGUUUCCUCCCCUUUAGCCAACUCUAUUGUCUCUUUUUUGCCCCUUUACUGAUAGAACUAACAUGGUGUCCUUAGAAACUGCCACUAGAUCUGUUGAGCAGAAAUCAAGUCCCCGGAUUUCGUUCUCUGCAGACUUUCUUGAUGAGAAAAACAUCAUAUCCAUAAGUCCGACUUGUCAAGUAGAGAAAAAAUGUGAAAAGGAGCUUAAUGCAGCAGAAUUUGAGUUCCUAUCCAGCAAUUUUACAAGCGGAAACAUGACUACAGCGGAUGAGCUAAUAUUUGAUGGUAAGCUACUUCCGUAUUGGCAAAUGCACCAUGCUGAAAAACUCAACAAGAUUAGUCUCAAAACAGAAGAAAUAAUGACUGAAACUGAGGUGAAAAGUAAAGAAGAGAUGAAUAGGCCAACAAAUUGGUUUAUUGAUGAGGAUCCAUCUCCUAGGCCACCAACAUGUAACGUUUUAUGGAAAGAGUUGCUGAGAUUGAAAAAGCAAAAGCAGAGACCUUCCUCUUUAUCACCUUCUUCUUCUUCUUCUUCUUCUUCUUCCAGCUCGAAUUCUGAAAUUUCUCCAACAGAUGAAAGCAAAGAGAAGCAUGUGAACAAGAUUAAGAAAAGGCUGGAGAGAUCUAGGUCAGCAACUAUAAGUGUAAGACCUUUGAUUACUGUGCCAAUUUGCACACAGGGUAAAAAUAAUGCACUACCACCUCUUUUUUCCCUCAAGAAAGGAAGACUAGAGAGGUGAAAACAGAAAUUAAAGGUGAUCAUCUUUGUUAGUCAUUAUGUAAAGAUGUUCUAUAGUGUUUCCUUAAUUUUUAUUUGCUUCAUUUGGAUCUAGAUUAAUGUUUAUUCCAAGGAUAUGCUUUCAUUUCGUGUAAUGUAUCAGAGACUAAUUCCGUUCGUAUAGUCUCGAGAACCAUGUAAUCUGACAAUUUUUAGCUUUAAUAAUUCAGAACAGAAAAAAAAAAUUAACCUUA